GUUUUCUCGCAUAGAAUCAUAAUCAGAAAAAUCGCACGAUGGUUCCACUUUUAUUUGUAAUUGCCCUUUCCCUUGCGGGCCCAUGCUUUUGCGCUCCCUUGAAAAGCAAGAGUCCUGUGUUUAAAUUGACCAAUUCGGAUUUUGAUCAUUUCCUCAAGGACAAAGAUGUGAUGUUGGUGGAUUUUUACGCUCCUUGGUGAGUUAAUUACGUUCCAUGUCAACUUGUUCCCUGUGUGGUCCAUUUGAUUUGACAGAAAAAUAUAAAACAAAAUAUUAGAUCACAGUACAGAGUAGUACUAUUCUAGUUCACGGAUACAGAACUUAUACGCCCAGGCUGUUGUUACUAUGUCAGUGCCUUGGAUAGGUUUAGAGUGAAAGUUAUAAUAACAGUCCAAAGAUAUUACUGAAGCCAUGUACAGGUCGUUGAUCUUACAGGUAAGUCAGUAAAGACAAAAUCAAGGAAGUCUUUUUUCCUUCCCAUAUUAUCUGUUUUUCCUUGGUUAUAAGCUGGUACGAAAAAGGAACAAAGACUUCAUAACCAUUGUAGCAGUCACUGUAGUGACUGGGCACUGUAUAUUAAAGUGCAUUUUAUUGCAUUCCCAAUUUCUGGUCACCGUCUUGCCCUCGCUACAUGGUAAUGGCAUUGAGCCGUGUAUGGUCUGAUCAACCCUGUAAGACUUUGUUGUUUCCAUUGUUAUCGACACAAACUACACGGCUGAAAAUUUCAUGCAUGAACCGCAUCGACUAUAUGAGACUUACUAAGAGAAGAAUCUCCUUAACCUGCUACUUCCCCCUCCCCCUCCCCCAACAUGGAAAAUGUUUCUUGAAACACGGGAAGAGAGGAACUCAUUACAAAGUGAAGAGCCAAAUCUGGUAAAAAGACUAAAAAGCUUGGAGUACAAAUUGUACGCUUCGCCUAAAAUGGCAGCCCAGAUUUUCUGAGGCAUUUCAAACAAAAUGGCUCAGUGAACGAAUCCAUUUUGCGGUCUCUCCAUGCAAACAGGUACCUCAGUAUUUAUGGUUAAAGAAUGAAGAACGUUAAGGGAACCUCACUUCGGUCAGAAUUCCAAUUUUAUAUGGAAAGGAUACAUGUAUUAGACUUUCGUGCGCAAAGACCUAUAGACGCCCAUGGUUUGCUCAGAAAUUCCACGCGACGCCAUAUUGAACGAAUGAUGUCAUUCGUUUGCUCCCAUGUAAAUAGUCGGCAACAACCAAACGCCGAUAUCGUGAUUCAAAACGGUGGUAAAAAGAAUCGAUAAGUAGCCGACAUUCAGAUGAAUUUUUUGACGCUUUCUAAUUUUCUUACCAUGUUCUUAAAAAUAACGGAAUUUGAUUAACAGCGAGGGUUCCCGUUGCCAAUUAAGAAUAAUAAUUAGUAAAAGAAAGUCAGUUAGCAAUGAACACCAAAUGAACUCCUUUUACUUCUCUCUUUUUAGGUGUAGCGACUGUGCUAAACUAAAACCUAAUUUUGACGCUGCUGCAGAAGACUUUGCACGUAAAGGAAAAUACGUCUUUGCAAAGGUUGGUGUUAGAAGUAUAAUUUAUAAUUCCCAAGUUCAGAAAAGAAACUAAACACAUUCGCUUUUCUUUGUUAAACAUACGGGCCUGCAACCAAUCAGCAUCAAAAUAUAAAACAGCUAUAGAUAGGAAUAGAGGAUUUUUUUAGCUCUGCUUGGCAAGAGUUGCAUGUUUUGUAGCCCGUCCUCUCUAGACUAGAGUGCAUUCUGCCCGCAAACUCGCUCACUUGAACUGUCUGAGUUGGUUGUAGACUCGUCAUUUUCAUCCAACACUUCGUAUUAAGAGCAGUUUAAAAGUUUAACUUCUUUGUCCUACGAGACGAUUCUCCAGAGCUUGCUAUACUCUGACUUAGCUAGCCUGCCAUCAUAUGGUUGAAAAUAAACAACGUAGAAAGUGAAUUAACACCAGUAAAAUGUUUCAAAGACAUGGUGGGUAAAGACAAGUUUGAUUGUGUCUUCGACCUGCGGAUUGGGUGGGACAGAUGUAAUGAUAUGAUUAACCAUGAAUGCCAUUUCUGACUUUAACAGAUUGACUGCUUUGGUGAGGGAAGGAGCAUCUGCGAAAACAGGUUUAAUGUGCACAGUUGGCCGCAACUAAAAGUGUUCCGAAGAGGACAAUAUGCUGGUGAAUACAGCGGUUACCAGGAUAGAGGUAACAUAGCCUACACUAAACCACCAAGGCCCCACGAUAAUUUGAGUGGCGGAUCCAGGGAAGGGACCAGGACCUUAUUUUUAGACCAAACUGGGGCCCAAAGACCGGAACCGGGACCGGGACCGGAACCGGGAUCCCCCUUAUCACAGGGUCCGAAUGACCGCUGCCCCUUCCCCUUAUCUGCAGGUCUGGUUUUGGCCGUUUUCACACUGUAUGGACAGGUCAUCUAACGUGAAAAGAAUACGGGAAGAACAAUGUUUUGCUGGUUGUUUAGGUCGUCUGAUUUUGUCCAUCAAUAUAUCCAUCUACAAAUAUGAUUUUCAUAGUUCGAUUUCUCCAUCUAGACAAGUCGUCCCGUUUCUGACUUGCACACUAAACGAACAAGUGGUGGAACAUUUGCCCGACCGGCCGAUUUGCCCGGUCAACUAGAGUGAAAACGGCAACGGCCCUUAUACCUGAUUACGUCAGACGAGCUAAUUUUACCACGAAGUCUCGUUUGUAAACAAAAUUCAUCGCAUUUGCAAUCUUUGUGGGGUAGAUAUUGGGGAGUUUAAGCAACGACGGGGGCGAAUUGACGAAUUGAACGAGAUCAGUGGAAUAAGCCCGAUAAAGUUUGAAGCAGCACAAAUUCUUUUUUCAAGUGACGUGUUCGUAGCCGCCGCCAUCGUCAUUUCUUACGAUCCCUAUUCUUUUUAACUCCACUGCCUUGGGAAUUUAUUUAUGCAAAACUCCGCAACUCUACAAUUUCAAAACGAAGCUUGGUGAUGAAAUUUGCUCGUCUAACGUAAACAUGUGUGAGGGUCCUCCUUCCUAGGAUAUUUCUAUUGUCAAUACUGUAGUAAAGGGCAGCCAGGGUGUUUAUUAGAGAGGUCAGCUGGCUGGACCACAUUUAUUUUUCUUGGUAGUCUAGUAGUUGAUAGGAGAGCAUUGACGAAAGCCUGAGGAUCAUCGUCGUCCCCAGGGUCUUCUCGUUCUCCAACAAGGCGGCAGAAGGCGCUGUCACAGUGAUAUGGGCAUCCCCUGUAAUAUUACUAGCGUUUUGGCAAUUGGGAUGCCCAUAUCACUGUAACAGCGCCAUCUUAGAAAAGGAGAAGACCCUGGCAACGAUGUUAAACUGGGAUCAAAGUUUUCUAAAAACCAUGCACUAUCAUGAUAAAACCAUUGGCUCUGCGCAAGUAAAGAGCAUUAACGCAAUUCAAACAAAAACGUGUUCUUCUUCCAGAUUCUCUCGAAAGAUUCAUGGAUAGUAUUUUAAAACAAAAAGUUCCAGAUAAUAUCGGACAAGAUCAAGCUGCCGCAGAAGAGCAGCCAGGCUACACGCAGAAUGUUAACGGUCCUUGGUUCCAAAACGGAUGGCAAUUUAACAGAGUCGGCAUGAUGCCAUACGGCCAGACCCCACCAGGCUGGAAAAGAGGAUAAAAUCGAGCAAGGCCGAUAUCUUUAUUUGCAGCUCUAUUAAAUUCAAGACAGAAGCGUAUGCACAGUUGACUUCUUUUCACACCAUUAGCCUUCAAGCAAGCAAUUUAUUUGGGAAUGGCGAGCGACCGCGCGCCUACGUGACGCGCAAGCCAGACGCGUCGCUUCUAGUGGUGCAGUUCGCACCUAACUAUCCUAUCGCGUCUUAGCUUGCUUGUAGGCUAACAUAAACAUGUCAAUGUCAAGUCAGCGACAUUUUGCAGUCAUCUAAUGUGCUUUAAUGGUAUUUUAUAUUCAAUUUAAUAAUG